GUGAGAAGAAGACGAGAAAUUUCACAACUAUCCAAAAUCAUCUUUGUAGGCUUAGCAGCAGCCAUGAAUUCCAAUCCAGUGGGUGUAUUUCGUGAGAGGGAAAUCGAUGGAAAACCAUUUCACAUAUACACUUUAUCAUCUCAAACAGACACCACAAUCCCUUCUUCUUCCGGUGAAACAGCCAUUGAUGGCGACGACCACCUCUCUCUUCAACAACCUCUUUUCCUCUGUCCUUCUUUACGUCUUAGGGUUCACGAGGAAAACAAUUCCUAUACUGAAUUUCUCCCGUACAAGACUUCCCCUCACUUCCCCAGCAUAGGAAGCGUUGAUCAACAAGUCCAGCAUUUGCUUGAUUCCGACAGCCAACAAGUCCAUGAUUUGCUUCAUUCCGACAGCAGCCAUGAUGAUGAUGAUGAUGAUGAUGUAAUCUGUAAGCUCCCAGUUGUCCCUAUCUAUUGGUGCAAUAGUAAAGAACUUGAUUAUGAUCAAUUUAAUUGUGGUGCAUGUGAACGAUCAAAGAUUGGCACAAACUAUUAUGUCUGUCUCACGUGUGAUCUAAUGUUCCACAAAGAAUGCGUAGAGUCUCCCCUUGAGAUAAAACACCCUUCCUAUCCCUUUCUUUCACUCAAACUUUACAAUCGUCCCGGCCACCGCGUGAGUUGCAUGUGCUGUGAUUUAGCUCUCUGUAGCAUGCUUUAUCAUUGUCCCACCUACAAACUUAGUAUGCAUCCCGUUUGUGCGAUGAAGCCAAUACCCAUUUUCAUAGACCACUCAAAAAGGCAUCCCCACCUUCUCACCUUUUUUCCCAAACAAGCUUCCUUACUUUGCGAUGUUUGUGGCCUCGUUAAAGAAUCUUUUCCCACAUAUGUUUGCGUUCGGUGUAUCUUUGUAGUCCACCGAGAUUGUAUCUAUUUCCCGUUUGUCAUUAAAAUAUGUCGUCACCACCAUCGUAUCUCUUUUACCUCUUCUCUUCCAUCCGGAAAAUGGUCUUGCGGAGUCUGUCGUCAAAAAGUUGACAACAAUUGUGGUGCGUACACCUGCAACAAGUGUAACCACUAUUUUGUUCAUACAAGAUGUGCGUUACGGGAAGACGUGUGGGAUGGAAAGGAUCUCGAGGGAGUACCUGAAGAGCCUGAAAUAAUUCUCGAGCCAUUUGAGACGAUAGCUGAUGGAAUAAUACUCCAUUUUUCUCAUGGCCAUCAUCUAACACUCGAGAUCAGUAGAGUUUACGACGAAAACAAGUUUUGUCAAGCGUGCAUCCUUCCCAUCUAUGAGGGUAACUAUUAUUCAUGUAUGGAUGACUGUGACUUCAUCCUCCACGAAGCAUGUGCAAAUGCUUCUCGCAAGAAACAUCAUGCCUUGCACGGUCACCCACUUACGCUAAAAAUUGUCCCUGGCGAACAAGAAUACUAUAAAGAUUACUUCCAGUGUUCUGCUUGUUAUCGUCAAAGUUGUGGCUACGUCUAUGAAGCUGGAUAUUACAGAAUAGACUUACGGUGUGCCUCAGUUUCUGAACCCUUUCAAUAUCAAGGUCAUGAGCAUCCUUUAUUUCUAGCUUUAGAUCGACAACAAGAACUUGAGGCAACUUGUCAAAUCUGCCAACAGAAAGCUACUUUUCUUCGAAAACUAAAUUGCAUCGAAUGUGAUUAUGUUAUAUGUUUUAAGUGUGCUACUUUACCAUACGAGGCAAAGUAUAAGCAUGACAAACAUUUCCUCACAUUUCGGGAAGGGAAAGAGGAAAGUGAUCAAUUAGACUGGUGUGAAGUAUGCGAAAAAAGAAUAGUAUACUCAAGAAAAGAUGGCUUCUAUGCUUGUGAUCACUGUUGCACCACUCUUCAUGUUCAUUGUUUGCUUGGAGAAGACAUGUAUAUGUUGAAACCUAGUCAAACCAUAACGUAUAUUAAGAGGGAGGUUCAUAUCCUUCCCAACAAUACCCGGUCUCGACCAUUCUGCCAUCAUCAUGAUGAAGACCGUUGUCCACACAAAGUAGUUUUCAAAUGGCAGGACCAGUACACGAUAUUUUGUUCUUACCGUUGUUUGACAAAGUAAAAUGUCUUCGUCGAAACGCUUUGUAAUCUUCAUUCCUUGUACACGUUUUGUAAUAUUAUUCUUCUAUCAAUAACGCUUUGUAAUGUAUUCGACAUAUGUACCUUUUAAUGUUAUUUUGUCUC